AUGACGGUUUCCAACACUAUGGCCGAUUCUUCCUCUAGGGAGCCUAAUGAGGAAGGAGAACGGAAACAAUCAAUAUCACACCAUCGGGAAAAGAGUCUAACUCCUUACGAACGACUGACACACGAUUUAGCUCACGACGAACGCUAUCUGAAAGAAAUAACUCUCGGCAAACGAAUUGGAUUUUAUCGCAUUCGAGGAGAGUUAGGAAGCGGAAACUUCUGUCAGGUCAAAAUGGGAAUACAUUCACUCACAAGAGGUUAGUUUAGGCGAUCAAAAUAUCUUUGAAUGUAAUUUCGCUCGCGUGCGAUGCGGAACUCACUUAGACACUUUUCUUGCAGACAAGGUUGCUAUCAAGAUUUUAGACAAGACAAAGUUGGAUCAGAAAACUCAACGAUUGUUAUCAAGAGAAAUUUCUUCUAUGGAAAAGCUUCAUCAUCCCAAUAUUAUCAGACUUUACGAAGUAAUCGAAACGCUCUCGAAGCUAUACAUUGUGAUGGAAUACGCUGCUGGUGGCGAAUUGUUCGCUCGAAUUUCGAAUGAGGGUAAACUACAUGAACGAACAGCUCGCCGAAUAUAUGCUCAAGUGACAUCCGCUGUUGAACAUAUGGUGAGUCGGCAAUUUGUAUUCAUUUCUUUAAUUAUGAACAGCUUUUGAUGAAACAACCUUAAUAGCGACAACAAACCGCCCGACUACUCGAAAAUCGCUUCCUGCUGAAAAGGUAUUUGCCAUCGAAAACCCGAGGUAAGCUUACACGGUUCGUCUAAUUGAAUUAUGUAAGAAAACUGAUCGUUCCUUCUCGUGGUGAUUUGAGCAGUGUUAUGAUAAACAUAAUAGUGUUGAAUAAUUAACGUUAAGUUUAGUUGCAAUGUUGCCAAUGAUGUUCUUGAAAUAUUUUUCUUUUCCUAUUUUUUGUAGCAUGAUAAUAACAUCAUUCAUCGCGAUCUCAAAGCAGAGAACGUGUUCAUUGCGGGUCCGAAUCUUGUAAAAGUUGGCGAUUUUGGGUUUAGUACUUUGUCGACAAAGGAUAGCACACUGAAUACCUUCUGCGGCUCGCCACCCUAUGCUGCUCCAGAGUUGUUCAAGGAUGAACAUUACAUCGGUGUUUAUGUCGACCUGUGGGCUUUAGGAAUACUUCUAUAUUUCAUGGUAACUGGCGUUAUGCCGUUUCGAGCGGAGACUGUCGGAAAGCUGAAGAAAUGUAUUUUGGAUGGAACUUAUUAUUUGCCGGAGUUUUUGUCCGAUCGCUGUAAAUUUCUCAUAAGGAACAUUUUAAGACCUGUUCCCACAGACAGAUUUACUAUGGAAGAGAUAAAGCAUUCCGCUUGGCUAGAAGGAGAAUCUUUUCCACGGCCGGACACCAAAUAUAGUCUGCGACCUCCAGAGGACAAGUUAAGUGAGUUAUCUGAGGAUGAAAGGGACGCACUAAACACGAUGAAAGAACUUGGUAUUUCUUCUGAUCUAUAUGCAAACUGCAGAGAUUCAAGAGACAGUAUAACAGGGACCUAUAGAGUGAUACUGCAUCGAAUUGCGAAAAAAAAAAUAGAGCUUAUGCGAAAAACGUCAACUUUGAGUAGUUAUAGUAACAACAAUCACCUCAUGACAGACUCUCGACCACAGAAGGCUGAAAACAACGAGAGAAAUGCGAAAGCACAACCUAAAUCCAAAUUUUGUAUAAUCCUGUAGUGAUCCUAGACACAAAAUUGUACUACAGGCGCGAACUUAGCUUAUAAUUAUCGAGGUACUGAAAUCUUGAAUUCUUAAUUUUUAAUUUUGAAAUUUAAACCUAUUACUAUUGUUGCGCUGGGCAGAUUUGAACGGAUUUCAUCUUUGAUAUUCCAUUGUGUGUUUCAUGCAGGUUCGUGAAUUAUCAUUGUUUAUCACAGAUUUACUCUUGAGUGGUGUUUGCAUACAGUUUUCACACAUUUUUACACAAACAUUUGUACAUAAACAUAUCAUUUGUGAGGCUCUCUUGAAAGAAAUCGAGACAUGCAAACACUGCAUACAUAAAUCAUUUGUUUGGUUACGUUUCUAAAUUGUGACAGGAGACCAUCAGUUGUAAUAUAUUAUCAUGAGUGCAAGGGAUAUAAAAAUUUUCUUUGCAAAAUGCUUUAACUGACAUAAAAAGAACCAAUCAUUUGAAAUUAUCAUAAACUCAAUUGAAUGAGCAAAAACUUACUGGAUCAAUUUGUGAGGUAUUAAAUUAAAACCUCAAAGGACUGAGUUGUGAAUAUUUAAUUUAGAUUUUCUCAUCUUGUAUUGUUCUUCCAUUAGUUAACAGUCUCAUGCAGUCGUAUUCAAGUUGCAUAAUCUUUCUCAAUAUUAUUGCCUUGUAUUGUAACCAAUCAGAUGGUUAUAAGCUCAUAGACUAUGUUAAUUAUUUAUUUGUCCUUACACACACUAAUAAUUGUAAAUUUUUAACCAUGUUAACAACAAAUGCCCUCUCUGUUCUCAUGACCACAUUCAAUGAUAACGUAUGUUCAAGAAACUUGAACAUGACAUUUUUCAGACAUGCUCAAAUUUAAUAUAUGUCCCCAAAGGCAAGUAAUCAAAUUGCCAUUUAAUAUUGACUUCCGCAAAGUCCAAUAUACUAAUAAUUUAAACAUGACAUUGGCAGUUUUGCGUAGAUGUAAAAUAACUGUAGAUUAUUCAACACCAUUUGUAUAUAAGACAGAGUGAUCUUUGCAGAAAAAAAGUGCCCCAAAAUUUGUAGAUAUUAAAUUUUUCCAAAGGUUGGAGCAUAUUUUUGCAAAGUAAGUUUGCAUUUAUUCUAUUUAAGUCCAGCAUCCUUCUGGUAUGAAAAGGACAAUAAAAUAUAUUUUUUCAUGGAAGGCUUGAUGCUUAUGAUUUUGUUUUAUGCACACAACAUAAAGCAAUUUUUGACUUAAAUAAAACUAAAGUGAUCCCAAAUGGUUAUUUGAGCAAAGACCAGCAGUACAGGGAACAAUGCAAACUCAUAGUAAAUUGAUGAAUUGUGCCUUAGUGCAGGAAAGCACAUCUGUGACGUAAGUUCUUCAGACAAAUCACAAGAGAAAUGAAGCAAAUCCAAUAGCAUUCCAUAUUACUCUCAACACUUGACUGAAAAUUGGUCUAUAUUAUUGCCUUGUCAUGUUCCUGUUGUCCACCUUUCAAGUGGACUUCACUAUAUGAUCCCAUUGGAAUAUAGAUUGCAUAUACAAGACUCAAGUUCAGCCAAGUGAGAUGCAUUUAAUUUGAGGCGUAUUAAUGUCACAGUGAAAAUUAUGGCAUGAUUGAUAGCUUUUGUAGAUAUUAAGUAAAACCCUUAACCUUAUGAUAACAUCCAGGCUUAAUUGAAUUUCCAAACACCUUGUGUAAAAAGCCAACUAAUUAAUGUGAAUUCAUCAUUGGAGGUGUUUAUCAAGAAAAUAGAGUGCCUUUUCAUCCUUGCUCUUGCUGGAGUUAUGAUUUUGUGUCUUUUGGCUAGACAUUAUACUCUCAUUCUGCAAAGCACAUGACAAAAAUAGUUUAGGUUUGAACUCCGGCAAAGUGGCCCAUACACCUGCAGUUUAUCCCAGUUUCCGCAUGAAGGGACCAGGAGAGUUACCACUCCCCCCUGAGCAGAUACCUGUCCAUAAGAGGGUUUUAACCCCCAGCAUUUUAUCAAGCUUCCCUGACAGUCUGCUGGUGCCCAUUUGCCCCCCUGGGCAGAGAGAGCUAGGGGUCUGUCAGAGUAAAGUGUUGAGUCCAAGAGCAAAACACAAUGACCACUGACUAUUACGCCAUUGCAUGCUGGCCAUACAUCAAUCAGUACCACCAAACUGCCUGGAAAACCUGGCUUGCAUCUGGUCCGGAGGAAGUAGUAGUACCACCUAGUGGGAGAUAGAAAUGAUAAUAGGCUGUGGUGGUAUGGGCCGGAGAAGGCUUGUCUUUUGCAGGAGGGGGAAACUCCCUUAUCUAGUAUGUGUUGUGUAAUAAGAUACGAUUCUUCAUGGUCUUAAAAUUCAAAAAGGGAAUACAACUUCCCAAUCCGGAAUCUAGUACAUCAGUUAUCAUCUCUUCAAAUAUCGUGGAGUAUUAGCACUGGUUGACCUGUGAUAAGAAGUGCUUAUUCAUCUUUGUGAAGACUUCAUUGGCGUUGAGGACAUGGGAAAACAACAGCAUUUAGACUGACUCAGACACUUUUUACAUUUGCCUUUCAUUCCUGCUUCUGAGGUUUUGGGGGUUUUUCUCUAUCAGCCUACAGCUACUGGACAAAGACAACAUGAAAGCUAAUGUCAUUGGAAUCUGUAAAAUGAGAAGUUUUACCAGAUUGCUGUGCUGAUCAUGUUAUUUGGGUUCAAGUAUUUCCUCUAGUGAACAUAGUUCAUUGGGAGGAAAGACGGUUUUUAGCUAAAACCGUGGUCCCCAAAAAUUUUUCUCACCUUGCCCAAAAAAAUGUUCAAAUUUUCCCUGUUCCUGUUCGUAUGUCCGGCCAAGCCUUUAUGGUCUUAGGCCCCCUUAUAGCCGCUAACAAUGGCUUAUAAAUACUGGCGUUUAGUGUUAACUUGUAAAACUCCCUGAAGAAGUCUACGACAGUUGACGAAAAGCGUCGUCAGAGAAUAAAGAAGUGUUACAGCUACUGUUCGCAGAGUGCCUCUCACUAGUUUAGUUUUAAAAAAAUUUAAAAAAUAUUUUAAAAAUAAGCAAAAAACUUAAAAAAAAAAAAAGGAAAAGGAAAGGAAAAAAAUUACUGCUCAAUUAAAGACUUGGAUAUCAAGACAAAAAGAACAAAAAGGUCCUCAAUGCGUACACAUAUGGGUUUCGAAUCGUGAAGUUUGCAUGUAUGGAUUAAAUGACACAUGUUUUCACAAAAGCAUUAAUUUCAAGAAACAAUUUCAUCUGUUAUUUUGGAUUUGAUUACUGACGGUUGGCUGUUCUUCCAAUGCUAGUUUGUUUCUGUCUUUUCCACGUUUGUUUGACAUCGACUGAAUCGCUUGGCCUGAUAUUUCAGUCCUUACCAAUUUAUCUCCUAGGAAAUUUAAGCCUUAAUCAAAGUGUUCCCUUUUGGGAAAGGCCAUAUUCGAGACUACGCACAGGGUAAAAUGUACUUUCUCUGCUCGACCUCCCUACGCCUACCCCCUCACUACCUCUCCUCCCCGCCCCCUUAACUCGACGAAAUGUUAAUCGAACUUGACAAGGAAAUCAAGGAAAACCAGAAGAAACAAUCGAAAAAUCACUGGAGGGAGAAGAGCACUGCAGGGAGAAGACCUCAUGGCUGUAUUUGAACGGCUUAAAAGAUUGCAUGACAAUUCACUUUCUUUUAAGAAGGGAUUUGGGCAUGGUUUUCUUUUUUUUAGUGAUUGUUACUAUAGUUACGUGAAAAGUACAAUAGAAGGGUGAACACGUCAAUCAACUUACUUUGUUUUUGUUCUUUUUGGCUUUGUUUGUUUGGUUGCCUUUGUUUUCUUGGUGGUCAACCUUGAAUAUGCUGGCUUUUCGGUGAUGUGCAAUUUUUUUCAGGAUACAGUUAAUUAAAAAGAAAAGCAAAUGUAAUAGAAUGUACCAUUACUAAAACUUAUUGCGAAAAUGUUUUGUAGUUUUGUUGUAAGAUUCUCUACAUUCUGAAUUUCCUUUCAGUGGACAGCAGAGAUGCAUCUCAACUCGUGAAUAAAAAUCGUUCGUGCGCACUUUCCAUGGAAUUAAUCUCUACGUGUUAGUGGCUUUAUUAUGGCCGGUUGUGAUAUAACACUGGGUAAUCUCGUAUUAUCAACUGAGUUGCUACCGCAAUUUGGCUUCCGUAACGACUUAAAAAGCUCACGUCUCGAGCGUUAGCCCUACGUAAGGGCGAAUUUACGUUAUCAACUCAGUUGAUUAUACUUAAUUAUACUGUUACACUCUCCCACCGACGCAGCGCCACCGUUUCUUUAGAAACUUACCCCCUUUAAUUUAUUAAUGAUAUAUCACGUCCGACAACCUGGUGACUUCAUGAAAUGCUCCUACGUACAGACUAAUGAAAUUACGAAUUACGCCGUUAUCUUAACGCCGAUUUUUAUCAAAAUGGCCUACACUAAAUUUAGAAAAAUACCAAUACGCUACAGAUCUAUGUUUUGGUUCCGCUUUUAUUUUCUCUUCCGCCCCUUUAUCAUCUUUAGUAACAGAAUUUGGCCCAUGGUUUAUAAAUCUAAGGCUUAAUUUCGACGCGCACUUAUACCGAGCAUUUAAGAAGUUAAUUUCGCAGUGAAGAUGGAACUUCAAGGUACGAGAUGGAGCGUAUGUAUCGAUAUAUAACUUGCAUACAUAAUGACACUAAGUAUGCUGAUGAUAAUGCUAAUAAAAAUAAUGAUAAUAAUCACAAUAAUUAUGAUAAUAAGACGAAGAAGAAGAAAAACGGUAUUAAAAGAACUCUGUAGUCAAAAUGUAUUCCAUCGUAAAAUUAAAAAAUCGUUAAUUACAAGUUUCUAAACUCUUCGAACAGUCACGAUGAAACAUCGGGUAAAAAAAACCAAACAAACAAACAAACAGACUAACUCCUGCAACGUUGACGUUUGAUCUAAAAUCAUCCAAGACUUCAUUUCCGUCGUACAAUUGCGUUCUAGAAACUAUUAUCAUGAAAACAGAUCUCAAAAUUUCAAACGAGGAACCUGAGCCAUGUGAUCACUACGGCAUAGGGCUCGUUCUUCUAUGACACAAAAACGAUGAUAAUGAAGAUGAUCACAACGAUGUUAAUAAUGAUAGAAAUUGUAAAUGACAACGACGAUGAUGACGAUAAUAUUGACAACAACAACAGCAGUAAUAGUGACGAUAACGGUGAUGAUGAUAAUAGUUAUGACAAUAACACAUAUUAUGAACAACUAACCGAAUCUUUGCGACGUGGUCACUAAGUCAAAUUCGAGAGGUUACUUAGCAUUCAAAAUGGCGCUCUUUUGAUUACCAAAUCCAUUUCACAUAUUUGAUAUUAUUUGGGUUUUUCUUUACUCUUCCCUCUCGUUGUCCUGUUCUAGAGGAAAAGAAUGGAAAAGCAUAGAACUACCUCCCCAAUUCAAGUGAGUGCAAAGCCGAUCCUUCAACAAAAGGUAAGACAUAGUGUGAAAAGAAGGUAAUGAUAUUUUUAGUCAUCGGAAGAAAUUCAAUAUGAAAACAUUGAUCAUGUUGAAGAUUUUGUUAGCGCUGUAUGUGCAGGGCGUGAAAUUGCGACUAAUACAGGUGCCAAUGCGACUAAAUUUUUCACUUUGGCGACCAAAUCCUGAAAAUUGGUCACCAAAUUGGCGACUAGAAUGUUUCCUUACUUAGAGAUAUAGUGAAUUAAAAAGAUUUGCAAAGAUAAAUCCACAGCAAACUUCCUCAUUAAGUUUGUGUCCCAAACGCAGCACAUCAUCCAUCCUAGUGUCCACUUUGUAGCAAGUUAAAGAUCUUUUCCCUAACUUAAUUUCUAGAACGAUGACAGCGUGAAAAAAAGGUUUUGUUUGUCUUUGAAAAUGGCGACCAACUUAGUAGCUGUCAGAAAAAAAAUUGAUUUCACGCCCUGAUGUGUCAUGUUCAACUGUAGUGAUUUCAUAUUGAUCUCCUAGUCUAAAUUGCUUUUCUCUCGAAUUUUUACUAACGAUGCAUUUGUUUCAUGUUACGUUCAAAAUUAUCGAAGGGGAGAGAUAUUUCUUCGUUUCAGCGGCCAUAUGGUCAAGUUUUUCACAUCUCUCUUAAAUCGUAAUGUUCAAUAUUGUUCUUGAAGGCGGAAAAUUUCCUUGUAACCCCAUACCAUACUAACACAAAUCAGUAAUUCCAUAGCCCCAUUGUCUUCACCAUUGUUUUCUUUAUCUCAAAACAGUAUGUAAUGGAGAAUAAUUAGAAAGUUAGGGACUUUGCAGAAAUCUUGCUUGGAAGGCUUGAAUUAUUCCAGAAAUUUGAGUCAACAAGUCUUGCCUUUUUUAUGUUUAUUAAAUCAUAAUUAUGCCAGACAAACGAAAAUCUCAGUCAUGACAAAUUAUUGUUGGCUGCAGUGAACAUCAAUGUAAAUCAGGGGUAUUUGAUCCUAGGUGCAACUACCUGGGGUGUCUACUUUGGCUGGCUAGCUCUUUAGAUAGAUAAUCCCUCCUUUGGCUGGGAAAUUACUACAGCCCAACCAUAAGUCCUAAUCCCAUGCCAAGGUACUAUCUGAGCUGACCAGAGGAUCCCAGCAAGGGGUAGUCAUAGCCAUGAGGUUUUCACAGGCCUUGGACUGGGAUUCUUGAAUAUACUUACUACAUGAAUGCUGACAAACACUUGUACACAAUCGCUACAAUGCUUUAAAUGGAUUUUGAAACUUUCUACAUAUAGCUGUACAACAAUAUUAUCACAUCUUUGGAUAGACUUUUGCAACAUUACUAUGUUUUGAUGAUUUGUAAAUUUUUAAGCAGUGUAAUGUUAUUGGAAAAAUUCUCAAUGUAGAGCGCUUUAGAAUCAAGUAAUUUUUACAUGCAGUAGUACUGACAGUGAAUGCAGCUUUAAAUGAAUAGUUUGAAAAUUGUUCAGGUUGGAGUGAUUCCUCAUUCCACUGGUUCAGGAGCUUUGCCAAGUGUGAGCAAUGGUAGCAACUACAAAGUACGAGUACCAAGGUAAGAAACUAGCCAAGUUUCUAAUCCUGCAGCUUUAAACCUUUUACAUCCUAGCAUCAGCAUGCAAGUUCUCCAUACUGUUUUUUGUAUAUUUCUUAUCAAUGGUACUUACAAGGAGGAAUUUGUCUAUCAAUCAAAAACUUCUUGAGUUCACAACCAUUUUCUGUAUUCUCAUGACCUUCCUGUUUGAUUCAGCAAUGAUACUGUUGGGAGAAAUCAAAAGUUAUCACUCUUUGGAGUUAACCCUUUAACUCCCAGAUCAAAUAUGUAAUUCUCCUUACUGUCAACCAUACAAUUCUUAUAAUGCUAGUUCAGAUAAUUUAGUAUUGGAUCAAAUAAUUAUUCCCAAAUUGAUAUUUUUCUUUAUUCUCAUCACUUAUCUGGUUGAUAUUGUAUUGAUAUUGUAAGGAGAAAUUCUGUCUUGGUCACUCAUGGGAGUUAAAGGGUCAAAGGGUUGAAUGGGAUGUGUACUCCAAAACACCAAUUCUUUUCAUGCUUUGUUACGUAUUCCAUAGAGUAUGUAUCACAGCAGCUUGCAAUAAGUACAGUUAAUAAGAUUAUUUUGAGUCCAAUUUGGUGUUAAUCAGCAUGAGUAAAUUUUUCAAAAAUUUCCAAGUUCAAUUCAUAGUCUUUAAAAAAUUUACUAGUGCUUAUUACACCAAAUUGCAAGAGAAAUCAUGUUAUUACCUGUUGAUAAUAUAUAUAAAAAGAUGUCUUAGAAAUUCAAGAAAGACAAAAUUUUGAGAGCAUCCAUGCAUCAUUUGUAAUUUGCACUUUUGUGACAACUUUGAAUUUGUGUUUCAUGAGAAUGCACUUGUUUUCAGCCAAUCAGAAGUUCAUAAUUUUUUUGAUACAUUAUUACAUUGAAAACAUGCACUUACUUCUUUAAGUUCUUUGUUUUUGUUGGCUCGCAAACAAGUCUGCUGACUAGUAAUAAGAAUAAACUACUUACUGGUAAUACAUUUUUACCUAAUAUGUAACCUUAUCAUUCAAAAAUUUUCUUGCCAAUGUGUUAAAAAUUUAACCCUUUGAACCUAAGAAAUGAUUAACUUGUAACUUCUCCUGGUGAUUCAAAUAUGUUUUCUUGCAAACAGGUUAUGAGAAAAAAGAGCUUAUCAGCUAGAGGAUGUUAUGUUGAAGUGACACAAAAUUUCUAAUUAAUGAGGAACUGUAUGAACUAUAUGGUAGUCAGUGGCGAGAACGACCAAUUGGAUUUUUAACUCUCAAAUGAUAUUGCACUUUCUGCCUGCCAUGUUAACUGAAGAGGGCUUCUGCCCUAACAGUAGAACUUGCAUUUUACUUAAGCUUAGAGAAAUGGAAAAAUGGAAAUAGGCCGUUAUUUCUAUCCCUAGGCCAUACCUUUCAGAACUGAUGUUUGCAGAGAAAUGUUUGUACAUGGUUUUUUGCACGAUAUGAAAGGUCAUUAUAAAGUUAAUAACUUAAUUUUCUGUUUUCCAUCAAUUCUUGCUGACUAUGCUUAUUUUCAAAGGUAACAUAAUUGUAAGGAAACUGUCUAAUCAAUCCACAUUGACUUAUUUUGUCAGGCACCUGGCAAAGAAAUAUUCAGUCAUGCGUUUUCAGAGUACAAAAGUAGACUUCUCAUCAAUCACAAAGGUACAGUUUUCUUUCAGAGAAUGAAUGUAAACUUCAGAUGAUAAUUUUAUUUUUUGAGGAUAAUAAAACCUGCUAUAAUUUGAUCAGACAUUAUUUACUGAUGAAGUGUAUCAUUUGACCAGAAAUAAACACACAUACUGGCUGUGAGAAUAAAUGGGAAACUCAAAUACUGCUGAAAUUAAGCAAUUUUAGAAAAUUUUAAAUCAACAAGGAGAACUAUUCAAUAAUGAGACAUAAAAAAAGACAUGAGCCUUUAUUCAAAAUAUGAUUUAGUUACAGGUCAAGAUAAAGGAAAAAAUUCAAUUAAAAGUUUACAAUUUAAUUCAAUUAGGAAAGGAGAGGAAAAUUACAAGAGGUGCUAAGACAAUGCCUCAGGGAUCUUGAAAUUCCAAAAUUUUGUACAAUGAACAACUCAGAACUGGAUCAUCAAGUUAUUUAUGAAUCUUCUAGGCUCAGAUGUCUCGCCAAACAGAUGCAAUUGAAGAGAGAGAAAGUGAAAAUCUGCCAACUUUUGGAGCUGGUAGUGAAUUUGGCAGAGAAAGACGUGAAGAAGCACGCAAGAAACGUUUUGGUUUCGUCCCAAAACCCAAGAACCCUGAAGCAGCGCCAUGGAAUUUGAGGCUUGGGGGCAAAAGUGGGAGAAGGUAAAUUAAGUAAUUUAUAUAUCCACUGAGCUUAGUCAGACCCUUAUGCUUAGAGGAGACCAAAAUUACAUGUAACAAUUUAUUUCCUGAGAAAAAAAUAUUUAUAACAGAAAGUAUGAAACCUUGUAGAAGUAGGGCUUGCUCAAAAUUUGAAGUCAAUGCAGUUCAUAUUGUUGGAAAAAUAAAGAGAUUAGACUGAUUUCUUUAAUUUGCAAAUUUCUAGCAACGUCCAUCUCAGUGUGAUUUUUUCAAGUUGGUAUUGAACACUCAAUUUUUUUGGAUGAAACUUUGUAAGAGCAUAAAACAAAUCAAGGUUGCUUGCAUGCUGGUGCAUGUACAAAUCUCCUGAUUGUGUAUUUGGAUGUUUUAUUUUAAAUUAUAAAUAUAUAGUAAUUUUAAUUUUUAGCUGCCUUGUCAGAGAUAAUUUGUAGCGAUCUGGCAUUAGAAAUUAGAACCCUUAGGUUGACCUAUGGUUUCAAAAUGCAUUUUCCAUGUACAAUAUAGACCUCCAUCCUUUCUUAAGACUCGUAUUAAUAUUGAGCAUGUGUUUUCAAGAAGCUAUGUUGGAUUUCAAAGUUGUGCAGCAGCUGUUGCUAAUACCUUGUUAAAACAAAACUGUUGGUUUGAUCAUUUUAAAUUUCAUAAAAAAUGUAAGAAAAUGGUAGUUUUUGUAUAUCAGUAUCAGGCUUACAUGGGAUGACUGAGCGUCAAUGGAAAUAAAAUCUGGUAAAUUACUUACAUGAGAACAUAACUCUUGUUAAGACCAAAUUCCUGCAAACAUGAAGCUGAAGUCUGGUCAUGUGUUAAGGUUUCUAUUACUUUAGAUUUUGAAUUUUAAAAGUUACUUUGAAACUAUUGCAGGUUUACUGGUCGAAAGGAAGCAGGGAUUAAUGAGAAUUCAUCAUAUUACAUAUUGACUCAGUGUGAAGAUGGUGCAUUUGAGGCUGUGCCAGUGAACAACUGGUAUAAUUUUACUGCUGACAUAAAAUAUCAGACUCUAACAGCAGAUGAAGCUGAGGAAGAGUUUGGACGCAGAGAAAAGACAGUCAAUUAUUUUUCAUUGAUGGUAAAAAAAAGACUGAUGGACAACAAAGAAGACUCAGAAGAAGGUGAUGAGAUUAAAAUGGACAAAACUGCAAAAAUAGCCAGUAGGACAGGAAAUCUGGUAAGAUAUACUGUGGUAUACAUUACCUGCAGGGUUAACAGAGAUUUAUAAAAAACAUUUAUUUGCCAUAAUCACAUGACACAAUUCAAUUAUUGUGUGUAAGGUAACUGAUAUAUCCUCAUAGGAAUAUUUUGUACCUGAUUGGUCAUUGAAAAAUGUGCAGAUAGGCAUGUGGGUACAUUAAAAGAAUUCAUUUUUUUACUCUUUUGCAAAUAAAGCUUCGAAGAUAUUACAGUAAUUAUUUUAAAUUGGUUAAAUAAAUAUGUUUACAAACAGUAAAGAAGGUUGGUGUGACUUAUUAUUGUAUCAAAACACCAAUUCAAAUAAAACAUGUUUUUGAGCAUUUUUUAAAAUACAUAGGAGUGUUUUGAUUAUUGUGCACUGGGGAAGCACAAAGAAGUGUUGGUAACAGACUGUUGAGAAAUAUGAUUAACAGAGAGUCACAUGAAGUGCUGAUGCCUUUGGUGUUUUAUGGCCACUUGUGAUGUUCUGAGAGGUUUUCAGUUCCAACUCACCUACAGCCCCUGUAAUUACUAAAAACUUUCAAACAACACUAGUGCCCAUGAAUAAAAAAAUAUAGUUGUGUUUGCAUGAUUCCUAAAGCCUUGCAUUGGUGAGUUUGAUAUAAAGAGAAAACUACAAAGGACAAAUCUAAGAGUUUCACAGAACAUUCAGGGAUAUUUUACACUUUAAGACUACAUUUAAGUCUCAUGGUGUUCUGUCAGCUGCUAAAUUAAAUCCUGUGAGUUGGAUUGUUGAAGUUUGUUUAUCUUUUGCAGAUCAUUCAUGAUGAUGAAAGAGAUUUAUCUUUGUCAGAAGAAGAGGAUGAUGGUGAUGAUGAUGAAGAGGAAGGUCAGAGAAAAAACAAAAACAAGGAAGGUAAACAUUCCACUUAAAUGGUCACAAACAUUUGUCUGUGAAAACUCCCAAGCCCAUCAUUAUAUAACUUUUUUCCAAAGAUAAGCCCUUUCCCCCACCCCCAUGUAGGCCCAUUGUUUGAAAGAGCCCCCAAAAAAAAAAAAAAAAAAAAAACAAAACAAAACAAAACAAAACAAAACAAAACAAAAACAACAAAAAAGAAAGAAACAAAAAAAAAAAUCCCAACCCUUUAACCUCUUAAAAUUGACCAGCAUUUAGUUUCUCCUUACAAUAUUAUCCCUGAAUCACAUAAUUCUUAAGGUCACAAUAAUAAAGGAAUGUUCAGCAAGUAAAGAAACUCUUGAUUGUUAAACAAAUUCUCUUUGUCAGCACCUCAAGAAAUGUCUAGAGAAGAGUAUGGGAAAAAUGCAUUUUGAUGUAAUGGUGUAAAGGGUUAAAUGAGUCAUAUUCAAUAACAUUCUAAUUCCUUUCAUGUUGUGUAAGGUAUUCCAUAAGGUACUAAUCACAAAAAUGAUAGAAAUCACACACUUCUCUCAGCUCAUUAAUUUUUUUUGGCUCACAAGCCAAUCUGCUAUGAAGGAAUAUGUAUGGAAAUUAACUACUUAGAAAAUACUGCAUUUUACCAGUAAUCUAACCAUUCAAAAAUUACUUGUAAAUGUGUUAGUAUGGAGGAUAUAUAUACUGAUGUUAGAGUGUAAAGGGAUAAGUGACCAGCUCCUUCUUUUGACCUCAUGCAGUUAUGAUAUAACCUUUAGAUGGCAGAAAUUGAUGAAGAGUAAAACUUUGUUUUUCAUUGUCUCGUGAAAUACUUUGUAAAGUGGAAAACCUUGUGAAGUUAGAACUGAGACUUAAGUCUGAUCUUGUUUUGCUCCUUCUUCAAAUUUUUGAAUUUCUUUGUGGUGAAAGAAAUUGUUUCAUUAUCAGCUUUUUCUCUAAUCAUUUUAGUUCUGCUUUUCAUCCCUCCCGAGAUACAAAUCCUGAAAUAAAGACCACCUAAGAAUGUUGACUAUACAUCAGAAGCCAAGGGCUUCAAUGAUUAAGAUUACAAUAAAAGCCCUGUUUAUUAACAGCUAGUUGAGGAAGUGGAGGUGGCUAGUGGUCGUCUGAAGUGAAUCACGGUCAGAUCGCACCAUGGUUAGAUCGCUCCAACCAAAAGUUAGAUCGCUCCACUCGAACGUUAGAUCGCUCCAUCAAAUAAGUAACCUCGCUCCUAACAUAAGUUACUUCGCUCCAUGUAGAAAACUAAUGUAAAGAUAGCAAAACUAAGGUAUCUAGAUUGAUAGUUCAUCGAAUGACGUGCAUGUCUUACCAAGAAUCGAUUGAUAUCGCUCGCGUUCGCUUGAAAUAAAUCCGAGCUUCGCAGAAAGAAAAAAUUAAAGCCUCAUGUUAGGGACUCACGAAGUGUAAUCUACUUUAUUAAUUAAAGAUUGCGGAUAUCAGUUUCCUUAAAAUCAAACAGCAAAAAAGGCCAUACUGGACGGUAUUGGUAUUUGAAUGGUCUUUUUCAAUACACUUCAAACCAUAACGUUAUAAUUUAUUCCACGAUCAUUUAUUACAUUAUCGCUAUACGUCAUACAUCGGUAGUUCGGUGAAUACGAUGUACUCGAAAACUUUAAAGAUCAUUGGCAAGUAAUACUUCACAUUACAACAUGGAGCGAAGUAACUUAUGUUGGUAGCGCAGUAACUUAUUUGAUGGAGCGAUCUAACUUUUGAGUGGAGCGAUCUAAGUUUUUGUUGGAGCGAUCUAACUGGGGGCGAUCUAACCAUGGUGCGAUCGAACCGGAUACCCGUCUGUAGUAUUACAAGUUAGAGUAAGUUCAGGGUGGGACAUACAGUAAUUAGUCUUAUUUUGUUUAUCCUUUUAUCCUGGGUUUGUCUGCUUUAAAUAGAUAAACAAGACAAGAAAGUCAAACAUAAAGGUGGACAGAAGCAGCAAAAGAAAAUGAAAAAGGGUUCAGAUGCUGACAGUGAUGCGUCUUCUGAGGAAGAUGGAUACCUAGAUUCUAAAGAGGUUGACUAUCUGUCUGAUAGUUCUUCUUCUUCUGAGGGUGAGAUUUUUCGUACAGACUACUUUUGAUAUUAUCAUAUACACUUAAUAACAAUAGGGGUAUGUAUCUCGCACCAAUCAGAUUGCUGUAUGAGGGUAUGUAUCUCGCACCAAUCAUAUCACAGCAUUUGGAUAUCGUGCAUAUGCUGUGCGCAAAGAAUGACAUCAAUCAGGAAUUUUGGGAUCAAUUGAUAAGUGUAAUGGUGUGUGGCUUUCGUAAGAGCCUCGUCGAUUGAGGUCGAGAUUUAUCGGGGUAUGAAAGGUUCACAUUUAACUUUUUGUAUCAUUUUAAGUUAAAACGUGUUUUUUUCCGCUCCUUUACUCACAACUCACAAGCCAAACAACUUACACUGAAAAAAAUGUCCAAAGUCCAAUCAGAACAUUGCACUACAUGAACAUUAGGCAAUGUUUCACGUGCUUGAAUUGUAUUCCAUCAAUCAAAUUCCAUUUUGCCACAUUAAACUUCGCUCCGUCGCGUGUCACUUCCUUAUAAACAACCUGCAUUUGAUCACGUAUUCUAACCGCAUUAUCUAACGUAGUCAUCGUCAUAACCAAUAUAAAAGUUGAGUUUAUGUCAUUGUUGAUGAGUCAGUUUCUUCAUCCCAUUUUGAGAGUGUAGUGAGACUCACGUUAUGUUUUCAGGGAUGAUAAGUCAAUUUGUAGGUAUCAGUAAAAUGAGGUAAAUGUUUCGCUGCUUUGUUUAUGAGUUUUUUUCAAUGUUGCAAAUGAGCCUUAUGACAAGCGUUUUCUGAUGUAUAAAAUUGUGCUGUUUUUUUAUGUUCACAGAAUUCUCAAUAAAGUAUGUUUGCUUUUUACAGAAGCAGUUAAGAAUAUUGAAGUGACUAAACCCAAAGCUGAAGAUGACCUAAAUGCAGAGGAGACAUCUAGUGACGAGGACGACGAUUUGACACAAGAAGGACAUGAACUGAAAGACAUGUUGGAUCGAGAGGAAGGAAGAGAGUCUUGGGAUGAAGAAGAAGAAGAUCCUGACCAGGAUGAAAUCAAAGGCACUUCUGCUCUCUUUUUACAAGGUUGGAUAAAACGUUCAGCAACAUUUAUUGCUUAGUGAGGUACCACUGAAACCAUGUAUGUAUACAGGCGUUUGCGUUACUGAUAAGCCAACACUAAGAUCCCCUCGACAACUUAUUUCACCAGGUGAUAAGAAAAGAAAGAAGAAGUCUGGCAGUGGUUCCAGUACAUCAUCCAACAGUCGAUCAUCCACCCCCACUACUGCUGUGGACGGUGCCGCCAACACCAUUGCUGCUGCUGUUAGUAAGCUUAGUCAGGAUCGACCAGGAACACCCUGUGAGUAAAGUUCAUACUUUCCCUAUACUCUCCAUGUAAUCCAUAUGCUGCCAAACAUCACAUGAAUACACUGAUAAGCCGUCAGUGGAUCUUCAUGGUUUUCAAGAGCUUUCAGAGAGCUUUCUGGAGAGGGGCUAUCAGAGGGGGGGGAGGGGGAGAGGGGGAAGGGCUUACAAGGUCCUAUCAAAAAACUCAUGAAGAAUCACAGUGUUAGUCAUAAUUUUUCUGCUCAGUACGAACUUUUAAAACUUACUAUGAUUAAAACGGAAAUGAAAGCAGGCUUUUAACUGCGAGUAUUUAUUGUUCUGAAGAAACAUUACUUACAGUUUUUUAUUAUAACAUUAUUUUGCCUAUAUUGUUUUUAUUUUAGAGUUCUUUUUUUUUUAAUGGUGAGGGAAGAGGAGGAAGGCCCCACAAGAUAGAGGGGGGUUAUUUUAUUCACAAACUUGAAGAUCUAGAAGGGAAGGUAUUUUGUGAAAGGGACUGUGCAGAUUUUUUUGGACCAACAGUUACUAUUUUUUCAACACCAUUCUUGCGGGUCUUAGAAUUCCCCACUGCCUUAAAAACGACACGUCGCGCGAUUUGCUGUGUUCUCUGUGGUGACGUUUCAAAUAACCUUAAGCGUGAAAUAAUUCUUGACUUUUAUGUCAGGAAUUAAGAUCGCGCUUUGGAAGUCGGAAUCACUCACACUGACGACUGACCCGAAACCUUUCAUUUCAUGUCCCCAUGUGUUUUGUAUAUCUACCCGGAAUGUUUCCUUGCGUAACCUUCAAUUCAACUUGCGAUGCAGUCUGAGCGAGCCGAGCUAUAAAAGGGUCUAGCCUUUGAGUAAAUUAGACGCUGUUUUAGUCAUACUCAUUCUCUUAUUUAAAUAACAGCAAAAUCCAGAAAGCGCCCUGCAAGCUCAGCCAAAAAAGGCGCCACCGGUGAGGAGGGAAACCCGCCGUCCAAAAAGCCUCGUGUAUCCCCACCACCUUCAGCGGGCACGGGAAGUGGUUCAAGAACAAAUACCCCAACAUCGACCGGUAGUGAGGAUGGCCCUCAGGGGAUCACUGAGGAUGCCGUAAGGAGGUACCUUACACGAAAACCCAUGACGAGCAAGGACUUACUGCAGAAGUUUAAAACAAAGAGAACAGGGUUAUCUAAUGACGAAACUGUUAAGAAGAUUGCAGCUAUCGUGAAGAAGUUACAUCCAGACCAAAAAACCAUUAAAGGAAUACUCUACCUGUCACUUAAACCAUUAAGUUAGGUAUAAACUGCAAAACUUGACAAAGUAAUGGCGCCUGUGUAACAUAAUGUGAAGUAACUAUUAGUCUGGCACAAAUAACACACUCUUUGUCGUCAAAAAAAAUUGAAGUAAAGAAAAGGAAUAUAAGAAGUCUGACUUACGGAUUUUCUCAGGGCGGUCACAGGUAGUAGACCAUUUUAAGAGUGGAUAUGCCACUUUCCGACUUUGUCGCUAAAUUUAUUAAUAUUUCAGCUGUAUUAUGCAUUUAUGGGAUUAAUUUAGCUUCUAGAAUAGGCGCUAUUGAUUUCGUUUUCACGGUUAGGCGGGGACAAAAUGUAAGGCGAGAUGUGUGCGAACCACGUUCGAAUCACGCGCGCCUUGCCUCGACUGACUUAUGGAAAUAAUAUCGCCUGUUCUACAUCUUAUGAUGGACUGGUCCAGCUUAACUGGUCUGAUUAUUAACCGAAUUCUGACUGAUGAAAAGCGCCUCCAGAGUAGGUAGCUUCUUUUCUUUUAAAAUCGUUGAUUACCCCAACAUCGGUAUGUCUACUCCAAACUGCCCUCCGUACAUUUCGCAAGGUGCUGACAAGGAGAAUCUGUUGAACAAUCAUGAGCUUUAGAUGGUGAUCAUUUCCUGUAUUUUUGUGACCUCGAUAUCUGAUUCAGAGGUGAAUUUGUAAGAAGAAAUUAGAUGUUAGUCACUCUUUGUGGUCAAAGGGUCAAAACAAAUGCGAAACUACAUCUGAUACCGAAUCAUCAAGAUUACCUUGAGAAACACGAUGAAGAGAAUUUAGGAACAUGUUCCGUUUCGAUCUACUGCCCUUCAGAAAUAUAAGCACCUGGUUUUACUUCCCUUGCUGGCUAAACUUACCUUGAGUGAAAAUUUUGACUUGUUUAGGUUUGUUAUACCAAAUCGUUUCUUGUUCCCCUGAAAGUCAUUAAAUUCCUUAAGUUUAUCAUCCCUUGCCGUCUGGACACGAGGAUGGCUCCCUUUUGUCAACCUCUCACCUUCAUCUUUAAAGGACCAUGUAGUUGUAAAGCGUCUGUUUUGCGUCCCACACCACAUCCUGUAAGAAUUACUUAGACGCAGCUUAGUAUUAGCGACUGCUCACUUUUUAUCGCCGGGGAAAAGGGGGAGGGGUUGGGACGGAGGAUUUUGAUAAAAUGAUGAAUGAUCUUAAUCCACUGCAAGGCUGUGUGAUAUAUUUAGAACCCUCACCCCCUUUGCUGGCAGCUAAAUAGCACUUAAUUUUCUUUAGUCCUUCACCUACACUCUACUAGCGACAAAUGGUCCCCACACCGUUCUCAUGUGAUCUUUCCGCCAACAUCCUCGCCCCUUCGUCUCACCCCACUCAGACGAUUAAUGGUGGCUGGAAUUAAUGAUUGGUCCCCGGUAAACUUUAAUUGUUCAAUCCAAGGUGCUAGAUUUAAUAAUGUUAUGGAGUGAGAAGAGUUACUUAUUUACCUUCUUUUGGUGACGUAAUUAUGGGCCGAUCAAUUCGAAACUUCAGCAGCAGCACCAUUAACUAUUGCGAGACUGUGCUAAAUUCUACAACAUUUGUUAGUCACCUAAAGAAUCGCUCAAUAUUUGGUGGACCAAAUUUGGCCCGAGGUGGCGGGAAUUUGAGCGAGGCAAUCUUCAAAAGUUCAAAUGCUCAGGGGGGGUUGCCCGCGAGGGAUGUUAGCUUCGAAUGUACAGUGGACGAAAUGAUCGGCAGUGUUGCGUGAUCACGUGAAGGUGCAUACUAUGUGACCUUUCCCAAGGGGUGUUAGGUUACGAAAUAAUAAUUAGUUUGUGGGAUAUUUGCAUAGCAAUCUGUUUGGCCAGAGUCGUAUGCGAGAGACUUACCAUUAUGGCGAGGAAACUGAUUGAAACUCUCUUUACAUACAGCUUCGCUACAUAUUAUGGGCUGAUGAUGUUCUUUGCAGUCUUAUGGCAGAUGAUACGUCGACUUGCAAUCCCUCCUCGAGCAAAGCGAAGAGAAACCCGUAAGUGGGUCGGCCCAAUGUUUGUCGGCCACGUAGUGAAUUUUUCCUGCGUUCAUUUUACACCAUACAAGCAUAGUUCUUAUGCAUUACAAUGGGUAGACUCGUCUAAAGAAAGCGUUCUCAUGCCUCUUCUCCCUUCCCUCUUCAGCCUGUCUCUUUUUGGGACAAUAUAUCCCACUGAAUAUUGCUUCUAUCUCCAGAGAAGUAUCUGUAGACAGCCGUGUUUGCUUGUGAAGGUCAAAGGCUCCAUCGUAAGGAUUCCAGCGAGUUGUUUUCUGUGUUGUGGGAUAUCAAAAAGAAAUACUGAUGCAAAUGAGAGCUAGUUGUCUGUGAAAGUCCACCAUCUGAACUGGACUGAUUUUCAAAGUAAAAGUAAUAUUGGACUAUAUCUGGGUUAGCUACCUUCUAAGACUUAUACUCAUAGCUUUUGGAAAAUAGAAGGAAUUCUCCUUGUAAGGAUUUUUUUGAUGAUGUAGAAACAAAUUUUGGUGAUUCUAAAGGAAUUUUAAACCUAAGAUAUCGGGUGAAGUGAAGGUUUGCACACUUUAAAUAAAUGGCAGUCCAUGACUGCAUGAGCCUGCUGUUGUAUGGUUUUAGAGUGUUUCAGUAAAAAAGCAAUGUGGUAUAAAAUGCAGAGGGGCUAAUACACAGCCCUUGUUGAUGCAAAACUUGCUAAAAAAGGAGGACUUGGCCAGAACAGAGUCUUUACACUGGUCCAUUGACAGGCCAGGGACAGGACAGGCAAUUAAAAGAAUAGUAAAACCUGUUAAAUGUGCAUCCCAUAUAAUUUUAUAGUAAACUUUGCCACUUUGCACACUGCAUACCUAGGACAAUGGAAUUGAAGGUAUAAGGUUUUAGCCCUUGCCACUUUCACUUUUUGGUUGUCUUUCUUUUUCUUUUCUUUUUCCUUUUCCUUUUUAUCCUUUUGAUUUGCAUUUUUCUUCAAAGGAUGUGUUAGAUAUGUUCAGAGUAAAAUGCCACAAGCCUUUUUUAAUUAGGGCUAUUAAAAUAACGAUAUUGAUGUACAUGUAAGACUGUUGUAUGUUCAAAUUGAUAACAAGUCAACAAGUUGAAAUGCAGAGGUGAGACUCUGAACAAACAUAGAACUAAACCUAUCAAAUCAAAAUGACUCUAAAAAAACCCAUGUCAGAUUUGUUCAACAAUGGCCAGAGUUGGAGCUGAACCAGAUUGCACAAGUCAAGAGACAAGAGACGUUACAACUGUCUUACAAUAGUCCACCAUUUUGAAAACUAUAAAGAGUUUAGGGGAAGGUUUAUGGACUUACACCAUUACCAACCAUUAUGUAGUGCCUACAGCCUUGUGUAUUGUAUAUGCACAGUUUUUCAUGUGUCUUUGGUAUAUUGAUGAGAAUUGAUUUUCUUCUUUUUCUGUAUUGUCAGCUCCAGUAUGCCUUCUAAACCCUGAACUUGGAACUCACCACUUUCUAAGAACAGCUUCAAACAUAAAAAUUCACUAUGUGGCCAAAGGUGAUCCACAAAAACCACUUAUGCUCUGCCUUCAUGGCUUCCCUGAGGUGUGUCAAUGAUAAAACAUGUAUGAGUUACUCUAUUAGAGGGAGGGGUGGGAGGGGGGGAGAGAGUGUAACACAGAGAGUUUUAUUGUAUCACUUGAUGUAAACAAACCAACUCUUCCUUGAAUGGGGAUAUAAAAUGGUAGAUUUUCUUAACAGCUAACCAGCUGAAUAGGAUUGGGUUGGUCUAGAAAAAAGGAACCACUUUGUUUUCACCCAAAACUAGUUAAAUAAUUUUUUAUCUGAUUUCCAAACUGUUCCUUAUAAAGUGCCCUGUUAUGCAUCAUUUAUUUCUUUGUGGUGUUUAGAGUUGUGCUGAUGAAAUAUUGUCUUAAGUAUUUUGUGUUACAAACACUUAUUUUUGAAAUGUACAAUACAUGUAGAUAUGUAAACUACUGGUCCUCUAUAGGAACAGUGUCCAUUUUCUUGCUACAGUAUACAUGUUUUUUGAUGUAUGUAUUAUGUUGUGUUGUAUUUCUUGGCUUGCACCUGCAGUUUUGGUAUUCAUGGCGAUAUCAGUUGAAAGCUUUCAGUGAUGAGUAUAGGGUGGUUGCAGUAGAUAUGAGGUAAAUUGAGAAGAUUGUCAUCAAAUAAUUUCAUUCCAUGUGAUUUUUAACUUGUGACUAGUAUUUGAUUUAGGAGAAGUUAACUACUGCAGUAUCAAACAAAUGCUUGUUAAAUAAUUUUUUUCAACUGGCUACCACCCUGUUGACAAUGUAUACAUGCCAAAUACACCAAGUUUUCUUUUUUUUACACUGUUGAAUAAGAUAUGGACUCAAGGUCUCUUUUUAUUAUUGCACAAUAAUGAUAAUGAUAAUAAUAAUUAUAGUCAAUUGUUUGAUUUUGACAACAUAUUUGCAAAUAUCUAGAGGGUAUAUAAGAGUUGCUUAAACCUCUAGUUUUUAAUUCAGUUUUGGAAGAUUGAAGCCUUGUAGGUCCAGAAAACAGCUGAAAUGUGUUAGGUAUGAUAAUAGUACUCUGUUUUUUUCUUUUAGGGGUUAUGGACUUAGUGAUCAUCCAGUAGGAAAGGACAAAUACAAGGGUUCAUACUUGGUGAAUGAUGUCAAAGAAGUGGUAAGUUGAAAUUUUGAAUUAAUGGUGGUAAUUUUAUGUAACAAUUAUGUUGAUAAUAGAGAAGGAUAUUUUUUUUGGUCUUGUCACGAGUGUGGAUAAAGAAAAAAUUCUCAGUCCCCAUGAGGAAUCGCACCUCAGACCUUUGGAUUCCAUGUUCCAAUGCUUUAACCGCUGCACCAUGGAAACUCCAUGGUGAGCGAGGUCUAUUUUGAAAUUCAUGACACAUGUCCUGUACACUGCUAGGAUUGGCAAUUUGUAGAAUAGUAGUUUUCUGUAAAUGUUGUUGAAUAGUAGCAACACAGCAGCCUGGAAAAUGUAAUAUGUUGUGCAAAUUGCUGUUGUCCUCUGAAAUAAUAAUAUCAUGUUAAUAAUGUUGACUAUAAUAGUGAUUAUGAUGAUGAUAUUGAUUACAAUUAUAGACAAAAGGAAAGUCAAUGCACAUAUAUUGCUAACAAAGAUAAAUUUUAGAGUAAAAAGAUAUUUAUGUCCUUUUUUGGUAAAGUGAAGUUGGUUUGUGCUUUUUUGUGGGGGUCUGUAUCCAAAAGCUUCCUGUUAGAUGUCUUUCUUAUGCUUGUUUGAUGAUGUAACAAGUUGAUGGUAACUAUGAAAGCAUGUUACUCACAUGUUUCCUAGUGACUCUGAGGUGCACUUAAUCUUCACAGUUCUUGCAGCAUAGUUUUGUUAUAAUUAGUCUAUGUGAUGAUUGCCUUAAAUAGCCCUUUUGGAUUCAUUUUAUUACCAGUUAAACCAGCCAGGGGUAUUUCUUUCCCCUUCGCUUGUGUGUUGGUGAUGGUUAACACUUCAUCCCUACACCCUCCUACACAUGACACGCCCGUCCCCUUUUACCAUAACAGGGUACUGUUACUGACCUAAUUUAAAGACAAACUUGUGUGUAAUCAUGUAUUUGUGUUGUUCACGUAUGCAUUGAUAUUUGUAUCCACAGAUUGAGGGACUGGGCUACAGUUCAUGUGUGUUGCUUGCCCAUGAUUGGGGAGGUGCCAUUGCAUGGUAAAAAAAUUCUUAUUUUAUGGCUCAUUUGAAAGAAUAGUAAUUUUCUGUAAAUGUUGUUGAAUAAUAGCAACACAUGAGCCUGGAAAAUGUAGUAUAUUAUCCAAAUUGCUGUUUUCCAUUGAAAUAAUUGUUAAGUCUGGCUGUGACAGCCUAAAGGUGCAGUGACAAAUUUUGUCCUGUAGCCCUAAGAGGGGUUGUUUUCUCACAACAAUUUCAAUACUUAUCUAGUGAAAAUAAGGGGAGAAGAUACAUGGAUAUCAGCUGACUAGUAUUGUCAUGGGAAAACAUGAUAAAGAAAAAAAAAUUUUGUCCAAUGUAGUUUUAAAGGAAAUGUCUGGAGGUUGGAAGGGAGAAUUUGAAUUUAUUUCAGGGAGGUAACAUGGAAGGGACUAAGUCUUAAUCAGCUAUGGGUCUUUUCAGAGUAUUUCUUCUUUGUUAUAGAUUUUUGAUUGUGCAUUGAUCAAUUUGAAGCUUCAAGAACAUGCUCAUUAGCUGGGGAAAGUGAACUCUUACCUUUAAACACCUCCAUGUCUGAAGAUGAAACACUUGUACUCCUGUGGAAAGACUUGAUACUUUUGGGUCAAAUUUCCUACCUCACCCAGGCAAGGUUCAAAUUCCCUACCCACUCCCCUACUUCACUGAACAAAUGUAACCUGUUUUUCUUUCUUUUAGGAGGUUCACCCACAUUCACCCUGAGUUUGUUGACCGGCUGAUUCUGUGCAACAUUCCACACCCAGCGUAUGUGUUGCUUAAGUUUUAGCUAUAAAAAGAUCAUCCGCUUUCCACUUUCCAUCUCUAUUACAGUCUGUAUUGUUAUUUAAAUGUAACUGUUAUUAGAUUGUUGGAAAUGUUUGCUGGGCAUGACAAACAUGAGUGGGUCAUUGGGGCUAGCAACCUAAGAGCACUCAAAUGUGUACUGUUGUAUUUAUUUUCUUAAUUUGACUCUCUUUGCUUUAUUAUUCAUUCAAUAGCCAUGGUUUAACCCUUUAGCUCCAGCCAAGAUCUGUUUAUUAAUUCUCCCUUUUAGCUGCUACACAUUUCCUUAUAAAUGAGUUAUGAGAAUAUGGUGUUGGAUCAAGAUAAAUCUAAUACCUUGGCUAACAAGGUUGUGCGUUCUUUCCUGUUUGCUGGAUAGUGUAUAGUUAUUAUAAGGAGAAGUUACAUGUUUAUCUCUACUGGGAUUCUCAAGGUUUUAAAAAAAUAUCAAUUGUCAUUUCUUUCCAUUAUUAUUUAUUCAGAUGCUUUGCAAAGUGUUUGAAGUCAUCUAAGAAGCAAUUCCGUGCUUCCUGGGUAAGAGACUAUUUGUUUUAUUACAAUCCAAAACUGAUUUUCAAUACAAGUUAUAUUAUCGGUGCUUACCAUAACAACACUUAUGAAACAGAACUUAAAAUUACACUACAUUGUCUUGAAGUGCAAUAAAUUAUAUAAUAUCACAAAAAAAGAACAUUUGAAUAGUUUCAAAUAAUAGGAAAUAUUAAUAAACAGUUUCUUCUCUUUCUUAACUGUGUUGAAAAACCAGUGCACAUCAGUGAAUGAAAGAAGAGGAAGGAGAAGGAGAAGUGAAGGAGCUUUUAUUACCAUAUACGUCCUUUCACUCUCAAUUUAUAAAAAGCAAUUCUCUUCACUUUCCACCUUACAUUUCCUAUACUUUUAGCUUUGAGAAUUAAUUUUGGUGUUUGAUAAAAAAAUAUCCCUAAUUUGAUAUUUUCCUUUCCUCUUUUUGCCUUUCUGCUUGAAAAUGUAUUGAUAUUUUAAGGCUAAAUUUCUUUUUGGUCACUCCUGGGAGUGAAAGGGUUGAAUGUUUUCCUUUACAAGAUGACAGCUAUGGAAGAUCAGUGCUCAGAUAUCCACUCAACCCAAAUUCUCCCCUUUGGCUACUGUGAAUUUCUUGUUGAUUUAUUUGACAUAAUUUUGUUUAAUUUCAAUGUAUCACCUUCUGGCUAAUAAGUUAGUAUGUUGUCAUGUAUGGUUAUUGUUUGGUUAAGUUGGAUCCCUUGCUAUUAUCUUUGUGAGUGAAAGGUUUAAAAUAGUUAACAACUAUUCAUCAAAGUGGAGGCAGCUAGCAGUGAGGUAAAUAUCCAUUGCUAACCACCAAACUGAGGUGAAUAGUUGUUGUACUAUAUACUAAAACGGAAAAAGUAUGGCCCAAAAGGUGAUUUUGACUGAUUUAUUCCUGCAAGUUUUUCAAAUGUGAAUGGUGAAUAACUAUUUACCAAAGUGGAGGUGAAUAAUUUUUUCAGAAUAUACCACACAAAAACAAAAAAAAAACCAGUUUAUUUCUGUCAUGAUACCAAAAAUUGGUUGGAAAUUAAAUUUUUUGACAUGUGAUUUUGUCUCUUCAGCUGCUUGGAGAUGAAUAGUACUUGCAAUUCACUUCCACACCAAUCACUUUUGCACCAGUCACUUCUGCACUAAUCACUUCUGCAUCAAUCACUUCUGCAUCAAUCACUUUGGCAUCAAUCACUUCUACACCAAUCACUUCCACACCUAUCACUUCUGCAUCUAUCAGUACUGCUACAUGUGAAAAGCACUAUUCACCUGUGUUUAAAAACAAACUUUAUUUCCAAAGUGAACAAAAGUGUCGUCAGCAUGCUCUAUUGCUCUAUGAUAUUUAACAAAUAGAUUCCAAGUUGCUGUGCGUCUGUUCAGUAAUAGAUCACAGAUGACGUCAAAAUGUGGUAAGAAGUGGCACACGAGGCGCAGCCAAGAGUGUCACUGAUGUUCUUACCACAUUUUUACGUCCUCUGUGGUCUAUUACUGAACAGACGCAGGGUAACUUGGAAUCUAUUUGUUUUAUGUAAUAAAGAAUUAAAAAAAGUUUUAAUAAUGACGUCAUCUAUUACGUCUGUCCUCCAAUAGAUCAUUAGUGAGAACCAAUUAGAAUGCGUGCAUAACUGAGCUUAUUAUAUAAUUUGUUUCACCUUUGAGGAUUUUCGUAUCUGCUCACAUUUUAAUAACAUAAAUUAGGGCACCUGGUAUGUUUACAAACCUUUGUUUGGUUCUUCUGUUGCUACUUGCCGGCUCGCUUGUUCCGAAAUUUCACUUUCAAUUAUCGAAAAAAAGCUAAAAAGAAGUCCUGGAAAAGAUCGAACAUAGUACAAUUUGGCAGAUGGCGUGACAGCUUUAGCUCAGCUCUAUGCCCUAUACUCUCAUGGAGCACGCUCUUUCAACUAAUGACAGCGCGCAUUAUAUCCGAACUUUAUUAUAAUAUACACUAAAAGCAGAUUUUGACAGAAUCAGCCUCAUGUCACACCCUAAUGCACUUUUGUACAAAAGUCAAAGGUUCUACUUUUUGAUGAUUUUGUUUUCUUUUGCAGUACAUGUUUUUCUUUCAAUUGCCUUACCUUCCAGAGUACGUGCUAGAGAUGGAUGACUUCAAAGUUUUUGACGAAGGUUUUGGGGUAAUGAUAGUUGCAUUUAACUUAAGUUGUUGAAACUUAAAUGUUUGAUUAUGCCUAUGAUGAUCAGCAUUAUCUUGAUAUUAUCUCUUUUUAGUUUCUCUUUUUAGCUCUUAAAAGUUUAGUUGCAUGCUUAAGUGUCUGGUGAUAAGGCUAUGGAAUACAAUAUGAUAACAACAGCAAAUAGGGUUCCUCGUUUGUUGUAACCUUGUAUGAGAAAUGGACUUAACAAGAUGGUGAUAUUGUUAGCAUGAUGAUGUAGUCACUUGUGAUGUUAACUGUAAUCCAUAUGGAAUGUGACUAAAUCAUGAGGCAAAAAAAUAUUAUUUCAUAAUUUUGGUAUUUUGCUUUUACCAAUAACCGCAGCCUGUUUUACCUAAGAAUGAAUGGCCUUCUAUCCUGGACAGAAAGUUUUGUACUUUAAAGAUCCAUUUUUGAAGAAUCUACUGUCUCCAUCACACCCCCCUUGUUAAAGCCUGAAGUACUUUUACUCAAGGUUUAUUACAGUAGUUUUUAUUCCAGGGGGGGUGCUUUAGGGGAAGUUUUACAAACUGCAACUGGAAUUUUUUCUUUAUUUUGUUAACAGAAAGGCAAAAAUUUCCACGAAGAAGAUGUAGAGGCAUACAAAUAUUCUAUGUGUCAGUCUGGGUGCAGUGGUCCUGUAAAUUACUACAGGGCUGCAUUUUCACACAGAGAUUUGCCUCCCACAACCUUUCAAACCAAGAUCAAGGCUCCUACCCUUGUGGUUUGGGUAAGUCAGAAAUAAAAAUCCAACCUUGUAGCGUUGGUAGGGAGUUUAAAAAGUUAUGAUGGCCACACGUCAACCGUCUUUGAAAUGGUCGACUUAAAACUGAUCUGGGAUUUUCUUAGUAGAUUUGCGUGAGGCUUCAUGUGUUUAUUGCGUAAAAUGGCGCUAGCAUUUUACAACCUGGAUACAGGGCCUUUGUUCUGCUCUUAAAAUAUUUUGUUUCACCAUAUUCUCUCUCUGCCGAGGGGGCUCUGGGAAAACACAUUCGCAAUUGCACUUCCAAGAAACCCCACCCCACUCCUGGUGAUCUCUUGGUUUGUAAAAGUUUGUCUCCGAUCUGCAAUCACAGAGGUUUUUUUUCUUUUCUUACUCACCUACUAUGCCAAAUCGAGAUAUUACUGCCUCUGUUUUCAAAUGCGAAAGAAUUUUAAAUUUUCCGCAACAUUGUGGAUUUUGUGUGAAUUUUAUGUACGUGACUAUAAGGUUUUCUCAGUUGAUUGAUUUCUCGCACGAAACUUGAAAAAUGAACAAGUGUAUUUACAUACAAAUCAAAGAUUCAGGACUUGAACGGAAUUGAACCCUGAGCAUCCUUGAUGUUCUGACAAAAAUGGAAUGUAUGGGAGUAUUUACUAGGAACUGAACAGUGAAGGUAAAAAAAGUAUUUUUUCUGGAGAAAAAUAAUUACUUCUUGAUAUAAGGCGUUUUUCGUCCAAGACUAGUUCCCUAGUGUGAUUCUUAAUCGUAAAAUUGUGUUGUUCAUCUUAGAAAGCUAACAGGACCUUGGAUUGAUUGAAUUUAAUACCGUUAUUAUUAUUGUUUCAAUGUCAGCUUGUUUUUUAAAGGAGCACCUUGAUUUCCUUUGCAUUUUAGGGAACAGGAGAUGCGUUUCUAAUGGUGGAAACGUUGAAAGGAACAGAAGAUUUUGUGGAAGACUUGACCAUCAAGUAAGGUGUUAAUUUUUCAGUGAUGAUCCGGAGGUUUCAAAAAUAACCUGCGCUAGACCGCCGCCCUAUAAGACCUCUUACCACCGUCUGUGAAGCUUCCAAGAAGAUGCCCAGAAUGCUGGAAAUUACCUUUCCGUGAUUUUAGGGUUUUUCAUGUAACAUGUUUGAUAGCCUGACAUUUGAACUUUUAAAAUUGUAAACAGUUCGAGUCAGUCAGUUUCCUAAUGUGAUUACAAUAUGUUCACCCAACAGUGAUAGCGAAAACAUCUUUUUUUGCUCUGAGGCAACACUAAAACGUGUUGGUGACCUACCGAAACUAAAAUGUCAAAAUAAUUUACUCUCGUCAGCUGAAUAGGUUGUGAAAAUAGACAAAUUCACCUGUGAAACAGCGUCAUCUUGAUAAAACGCCAUUCGCUUCUUCUCAAUUUCAACAGAUACGUUGACGGAGCAACUCACUGGGUCCAAAUCGAUGAAUAUGAGGACGUGAACAAACACAUUCGUGAGUUUCUCAAUGUCCAUCCUCUGGAAUCUUUACAGAAACCAGAUUAAGAGAAGACGUGAACAUAUCAGGGUGCCUUUUCGUUGAUAACCUCUGUUCCGAAGAAGAAAGUGGAUUUCUGUCAAAACUUUCGAAGAAAUAAGUGUUCUGUUCUUAGAAAAUAGAGUGGAAAUAACUGAUAACUUGGUGUCAUUUGGUAGUUCUCACAAUCAUCAUCGGGAUCUUGAAGUUUGUAAUAUUUAGAGAAAUUUGCCCUUAUGGAUGAUAUGAAUAGUAUUCCAUAUAUUUUACGUAGGGUUUCUUACAAGGGAAGCAGUGUUAGAUCACAUAACAAUUAUCAAAUAGAUGAUAAUGAAAGUAUAUGAAAAUAUAUGACUUUCAUAUAUUCUUAACCGUUUAUCAAUUAGAUGAUGUAGAAAGAUGUUAGAGAUUCGUCCAGCCUACUGUUGGAUGCUCACUACUAACGGAGCUACUUAGAAACCCCUGGUGAACUGGGCUCGAGCUAGGCCAUUUCUAGAAUGGACGAUGUUUUUGUUUUGAAGUUGUUAGUUUUCAGGAAUGUGGUAUGAUAAAAACUCGAAGGCUUAAGUAGAGAGGGUUUGUGUGCAGUUUCCUUCGACAUUUAAAUGAAUAUAAAUCAAAGUAUUUUCACUGCACACAUGGCUAAAGAAAACUCGGAGAGGAAAACUUGUAGGAGUACGGUUUUAUCAUGCAACACCUUAAUAAAUGUCUUUGUCUAGUCGCCUAGAAUCAUAGAUAUUAUUGAUUGCAAGCUUUGAGAGGGUGGACCAUCAAAGAAAAAAAUUAUCUCCGAAAAACUUUGAAGGAAUAGUCGCUUAUUUUUAUGCGACCAAAGAGUAAUCGCCGCGUGGUCGUUCGCCUUUCCACGCGCUUGAGACUGUGACUGUGACUGACCCCAGAGAAAUGAGUCAUUUUUGCUUCCCCUAUUAGUGAGAAAAAGAAUGAUAGUAUAAUAAUAACAAUAAAAAUAAAUAAAACUAAAAGAAUAACGACAGUAAACAAACAAACAAACAAACAGAUGAUUAAAUCUCCCGAAAUCCCCUCCUUCCAUUGCCCCUCCCUUACCUCCAGGUGAUGUGUACCUGUGUUCUGAUUGGCUAUUGUGACCUUUAGUGUUGAUUCCGACCGAAGAGCACUCUGAUUUUCAAAGAAGUGAAAUACGCCUUAUGGAAUUAAUUGAGAAGUGAAAUCAUCCUUUUUCAACGUGUUAGCUGACUAGAUAUUUCUUAGUUCGUUUUGCCACUGCAGCAUAGAGAGGAAGCAGUGGCCUAUAGCUGUUGGCAGAAAGGUUGUAAGAGAAAAAGUGGAUGCGACCACUUCGAAAGGACUUUUCAUGUCACGGUUUCUUGAGUCAAGAUUUCAGGGAAAUUUGAGAAAAUAUCACUGACAGGAAAAGGCAAAGCAAGUUGGAUAUUCUAAUUUGGUAAGACUGACUUUAAAUUCUAAACUUGAUAACAAAGAGAACAAACUGACCCGAUUGCAGUAUUUACGUGUAGGUCGGCAUUCAUCCCCAGUUCAUUAGAUCUUUUGUUCAUAUUUAUUUGUUAAACCACAGGCAGUCCAAACUCACGUCUCGAGAAAAAGUCAACGAUUGACUCAUGAACGCGUCACGCGUUGUGUGACUCGGUGUUAAGUUACGAGAGGAACCGUUGAACACGUUAUAAGGAAUAGUAUGGGGAACGAAAUAUGGUCGAUUUACAACGAUAAAUAUUUCGAAAUAUGAAUAUUUUACACGUAAAAUCAAUAACAAUUACUCACAUCCUGUGUGUCCGUUGUAGUUUCUGGUGAUCUACCUGAAUUUCCAAGUUCGCCUGUCUCUGGCUAUGUUUUGAACAAGCAAACUGGACACGGCCGCGGAAGAAACUUGGGUACGAGGUUAAUUACAGUCGAUGCAACACCGAGUCACACAACGCGUGACGCGUUCAUGAAUUAAUCGUUGGCUUUUUCUCGAGACGUGAGCUUGGGCAGCUUGUAGUCAAAGGUACAUAUUUUUGUUGCCACACAGCUGCAUGCGACAAACGUAUGGCGAGUAAACUUAUCGAGACGUUAUUUAUCUACAGCCUGGCUUCAUUUUAUGGGCUUUUGGCAUCCUUCGCAGUCUUAUGGCAGAUAAUACGUCGAUUUGGAAUCCCUCCCCGAGCAAAGCGGAGAGACACCCGUAAGUGAAUCAACCCAAUUUUGUUAUCACUCAUCUUAAGUGAAAUUGUCCUUCGUUUACUUAAUAGCCUGUUAAUAGGUAUUUGUCAGUUAGAGAGUUAGAACCCAAGCGUACUAUAUACACAAUGUAUUUUCAAAUGUAUAUGAAACGUGGUUAAUAACGAAGGUUAUUCCUUCCCCUACCCUUCCCAUCUUAGUACUGGAGCAAUCCCAGUUAUUGUCGCCUUUUUUUUCUUGAAUAAUUUCCUGUUAUUUUGAUUGAGUGAAAAGAAAUAUACGCCUCAAUAUAAUUGAAGGAACAAAAACGGCGUGCAAUAAUUUAAAUACCCGCUCUUGUUACAUCUAUUUAUGUUAUUAUUUUAGAUAUAUGUCUGUAGAUAGCCAUGACAGCUUGGUAAGGUCUAAAGAACCUAUAAUCGAUCAGGGAUACACGAUUACAGCAUGUUGUUCUUUGUAGUGCUAUGGAAAGUGGGACAUCCGAGGAAGAUCUUAAUGCAAGUUAGAUUAGCUGUCUGUGGAAGUCCACGAUCCGGACUGAAUUUGUUUCCCACCAAAAAGGGCUUUAUCGCGACUAUCUGUCUUUCAAGACUUGGACCUAUCAAUAAUUUGCAUGAUAAUUUCUCAUGUAGAACAGAAUUUCCAACGUAGGUUUUUUGUGAUUCUCUGAUUAUGAUUUAUGAAAACAAAAUACAACUAAAAGUAGAAGAGAGAUAAUAAGUCAUUAGAUUUCCCCAGUGGGUAGGGGAGGAAAAUUUGUUUUGUUUGCCUGCCCUGAAACACUGAAAUUCAAGGAAAUUUUGCAUUGGUGUCUCAUUGGGUUUUAAGUCAAAAUUCUCUGACAAAUAUCGCAAGGCAGACAAGAAAUUCAAGAGAACAUGUUAGUUAUCAGCCUCUAUUACUGUAAGCCAUAUCCUUCAAUAUUUUGUUUGAACUAUCUGUAGUUGGAUAAAGAUGUAAGCUAUAAUUAGUUGUUCUAACUGGUUGUGUUAAACUGUUUUAAGUUUAUUGUAUUGUUAAUUUUUAAGCAAUUGAUUAUUUAGUAUUUCAAUGAGUUUGCUUUCCUUAUUUUUUGUGUCCUCAGCUCCAGUAUGCCUUCUAAACCCUGAACUUGGAACCCACCACUUUCUAAGAACAGCUUCAAACAUAAAAAUUCAUUAUGUGGCCAAAGGUGAUCCACAAAAACCACUCAUGCUCUGCCUUCAUGGCUUCCCUGAGGUGUGUUCAUAAUCACUUUAUAGACAUGUUACCUUUCGGGGGUAUCUCUUAGAGUUACAUAGUAUCAUUAAUAACAUAUAACAUGCAAAUCUUUCUUUCUAACUGAUGAAUUGCUGAAUGAGAUUGUGUUGACCCACAAAAUAUUCCAUACCAUUCUCUCUCAAACAAUAUAUAUUUGAUCAAGAAUGAGUUUUUCAUUUGAUUUUCAAACCUCUCAUGUUAAUUUUUUAAGUUAGACACUAUGCAUCAGUUAUUUACAGUCUCUUUAGUGUAUGAUAUACAAAUAUGAUUGCUUAGAAUAAACUGUAGGUGUGUUAACUUACUGGUCAGGUACUGUACAAGACAAUUUUUCAUUUCUGUGCGGCAGUUUACAUCUUCUCUUUCUUAAUAAGCAUUAUUAUUAUUUGGCAUGAUAGUCCUGAGGUAAAUUAGAGCAUUCUAAUGGGCUCUUACUUGGUACAAAUUUUGCAAAACAAAUCAUUUCUACAGAAACAGUCUUAAGCUGUGAAUUUUUGCUGUGAAAGUCAGAAAAUUCAAAUCAACAAGUUUGGUCUGAGUGCUGUGUAAUAAAUUACUUUCCAACUUCGCUUGCUCAAGUCAUGCUGGGGAAUAUUGGCCCUUGCUUGUUUUAGUACAGACCUUGCUGUGCUCAGUCUGCACUGCCAUGAUCAUGGCAGUGCAGACUGAGCAGUGCGGCCCUCAUGCUCAGUUGGGAAGAAGUUAUUUUUUUUGUUUUGAACUUGUAGUUUUGGUAUUCAUGGCGAUAUCAGUUGAAAGCUUUCAGUGAUGACUACAGGGUGGUUGCAGUAGAUUUGAGGUAGAUUGUAAAAAUUGUUUAUGAAUUAAAGUAAAAAUUAUAAUCAAUAAUGAUGUUUUGAUGUUCAUGUGAUUGCAAAUUUAUAAAAUAAUUUGAUCAAAGGGAAGUGAACACCAGCAGUAUCGAGCAGAUGCCUGGUGAUUUUGUUGUAACAGGUUUCUUUGUGAACAAUAUAUACUUGUAUAAAGAACUUUUUUUUGUUGUGCAGGUCUAUAUGAUAUUGUGAUAUUGUUACAACAAUGAUGAUGAUAAUUAUGUUGCCAAAUAUAUUAUUCAAUAGUUUUAAUGACCCGCCAAAAUUUUUCUCAGACUGGGUGGGUUGUUCAACUUGUUUAAACCUCAGUAUUUUGUGACCUAAAAUCUGUAUAUAGUUUCCAGAAGAGGAAAAGCAGGCAAGCAAUCAUUUUCUGACUAUCACCUGAUGUCUUAAGGCUUGAUGAUGGAAAAAAUGAGAGCAAAAUGGCAAAUUUGUUUCAAAGUUAAACAAAGGUUGCCAAUGAUUUUUUAUGGAAAUGUUUAUUUCACUUAAUAAGCUAUUAAUAAUGAACAAGUCUAUCACAUUUUUAUUUUGUAACUGCCAUGUUGCCAAAUUGAUGACAUGAGCUUCUAACUAGUCACCCAAAUUUUAUCUACUUGUUAAGGAGACAAAACAAUUGCAGUUUGAAAUGCUGUUGCUUCCAGUCCUUUUUACUCCCAAGAUCUUAAUACUUUUUCAACUAACUGGCAGCUAUACAGUGGCUGUAGUUGUACUUUAAAAAAUUAGUGCUAAGUUAAAUAAUAUCUACAGUUGAUAUUCUCUGUAACUUAUUACUUGUCUGCUAAAGGGGAAAUUAGUUUUUAGUCAUUCUAAUGGUGAGCCCCCCACAGCAAAAAAUUCUUUUACUUGGAUUUUUAUUGUAAUUGCUGUAGAAAAUUUUUUUGUUCUCAGUUAUGGUUGAUUAAGGCCUAGUAGGGCUAUACAAUUACCAGAUGUGCUGAGUGCGCCUUUACAGUGGCACUAAAUGCCUUCUCUCAUUUAGGGGCUAUGGAGAAAGUGAUCAUCCAAUAGGAAAGGACCAGUACAAGGGCUCAUACUUAGUGAAUGAUGUCAAAGAAGUGGUAUGUUGAAAUUUAGGAUUUAUGGUAAUAUUGAAUGAUGAUGACAAUGACUAACAGUGAUAUUAAUAAUUGUAAUGAUAAUAAUAAUGUUGAUGAAGGUAGGAAAGUUCAUCACCCAAAUUGCCAACAAAUGUCAAUUUUAAAUGGUUUGGAGCUUUGAAAAAGCUAUUCAUGUCCUUAGCUGGAAAGAUACAAUUAGAUUGAAUCUGCUCAGGGAGUUUGUUUAUGACAGCUUGCUUUCAAGUUAGGCUAUCUACUUAUGGCUCAGAAAGUUUUCUGUAUUAAGGUAUCACAAAAGGAAAAUUAGGGUCUUCUUUCAAACUGAUUAAAAACAGCACAAGAAUUAUUUGUGCUGUAUCCCUGUAAAAGUAUAAAUUUUCUUUAAGCUUAGUAAACACUAGUUCUAUAAUUUAGACCAUUUUUAAAUGUUAAAACAGAAUGGGAGGGUAUUUUUUUCACGCUGAGACAUUUUACAAGACAAGAUUAUUUGUCGAUGCAUUUUCAUGAAAACCUUUGUUUUUAUCUGAAUGUGAUCUGCACAUAUUGAACAAAAAAGCAUGUCUGGAAUUUGUAUUUUAAGGCUCUCUAGUUUUUUAGAAUGAUUUUUAACUUCAUAGUAGCACUUUUUCAUGAGGUUUUCAAUGUAGACACUUUAUCUCAAAAUGUAAGGAAAAACCCAGACACCUUUUUUGGGUUCAUUACAUGUCUGACAUUCUCUCCAAAUCUUACUGAAAUUGUCUGAAAUUUUUUGCAACCCAACACCUUUGGCAAUUCAAAUAGAAAAAAGAUUCUGGCCUCUGCAUUUCUUGAGUGUAGUAGAAACCCCUAACACUAGUAGUCAAUAAUAUUUCUGCUAUGAUGUGAACUGCGAGACUUUCCUUUUUCCAGGAUGGCAAGAGAGACUUUUAAAGAGGUUUUUGGUCAUGUUAACAGCGUGAUAAAAACACUUGAAUAACAAGGAAAAUGUCUUUAGCUUUUUGAGAGAACUUAUUAAAUGAGUGAUUUCAUUACUGUACAAAACUCGGCAGUGUGUCAUGGUAAUUCAGUAAUGGUUUUGUAAUUGAUAAUUAGGUGACAAAAAGAAGUUUACAAUUAAGAGUAAAAAAGAUACCUAAAUGAAAUUUUCAAAAAUUAAUAGAUCUCUAUUUUAUUAACUUUAGAUAUGGAACUUUCAGGAAAUUUAUAGAAUAUGACCUUUUUUCCUUCCAUGAUACCUUAAUGUAAUGAAAUACUUGUAUCGGCUUUGACUUGUGACUUUGAAGAGUAAUAAACAUUUUCUGUCUUCACUGCAUAGGUUUGGUGUUAUAUGUCAGUGUGGCAUUUCCUUUAAUUAGCCCUUUGUUUCAUACACUUUAUUACCAGUUUAAAGGAGUUUUUUGGUGGUGUCAGAACUCUAUAUCUUUACACUUAACUACACUUGGCACCUUGCACUCAUGAUUUUUUCACAUUCUAGCUUUACAGUAAGAGGGUAUUGUUAUUUGCUGAAUUGACUGAAUGUGUAUAAUUAUGUCUAUGUGAUAUUCAUGUAUGCAUGGAAAUUUGUAUUUUCAGAUUGAGGGUCUGGGAUACAGUUCAUGUGUGUUGCUUGCUCAUGAUUGGGGAGGUGCCAUUGCAUGGUAAAGAAUUCUUAUUUUUUUGAGUUAUUUAAAGAAAAAAGUUAUAUAAAAUAUGUUGGUGGACGUAAGUUACCCAUUUUGCCUUGAUAUAUGGGUUAAACUCAGGAUAAAGGUUUUUUUUUUUUAAUGGAACAAUCUGUUGCCUAGCCUACAAUAGCAGUGACACAUUUACUGGUAACCCAUUGACUCCUGGAAGUGUGAAAGAUUUACCUUCUCCUAAUAGUUUAAUACUUGCCCAAAGAAAAGGGGGAGAGAAUUACUUUCAGUUCACAAGAGGUCUUGUAGAAAAACACCAAAUUAACAAAUUAACUACAAUUUUCCAUUGUCUAUAACCUUAUUGAUCACAGAAAUGAGAUAAAUGAUGUUCAAAAAUAUAGUGUACCAAGUAGUUUCUAUGUGAUUACCAAGUGUUGCAUUACACAUUUUGCCAUUUAUAUCUAUAACCUUAUUGACAAUGGCUCUUUGCUCAUUUAAGAGGAAAUGUGUCAAAGCUAGAAAGGAGAUUUUGAAUCUUGGUAGUAUAAGGGCAAUUUUUGCAACAGAGCUUGUCAAAUCUAGCCUUUCCUGUGGCUCCAUAGAUUUUCGGGUUUUUGAGUGAUGUCCAUGAUUUGUUUGUCUCCUUGACAUUAAUUUUCAUGAAAUUGUUGUUGUUAGUAUGGGUGACUUAUGGACAUUUAAUUGAUGUUUUACACCCCAACAUCAGUAUGCAUAUUCUCCAUACUGUUCUCUAUACAUAUCCUAGUAUGCUGUUGAGCAGAAUUUUUAACAAUCAAGACAUUCUUUAGUUGGUGAUUAUUUCCUUUACUCUUGUUACUUUAAUGUUUGAUUCAGGGAUGAUAUUGUAAGGAGAAAUUAGAUGUUUAUCAUUCUGAAGGGUUGAAGGGUUAAUCCUGACAUUACUUACUCUCCCAGCAGUGUCCAUAGAAAUAGUAUUCGACUUAAAUCAUCUCCAGAAUGUAUGCACAACUUAAUAACAAAAAGUAAAUUAAUUGUGUUUAUUUCUUUCAGGAAUUUCACCCAUAUUCACCCUGAAUUUGUUGACCGGCUGAUUGUGUGCAACAUUCCACACCCAAUGUAUGCAUCAUUAAAGUUCUAGCAAGAAAUAGUCAUCCAGUUAUAAAAAAAAUAUUGGCAUUAACUAUUUUUUUAACUGUAUCUGUUAUGAAUAGAAAUGCAUCAUUAUGUAGGAAAUUUUUGCCAAAAGAAUGACCUGCCAGAGUGGGUCAUUAGGGCCAGCAACCAAACAGUCUGUCCCUUGAGAUUUUGUACCGUUUUAUUUAUUUCCUGAUAUGACUCUUGUUUCUUAAAUAUUCACAGAACAGUUAUGGCUUAAACACAAUAAUAUCAACAUUCAUGUCUCAGACACAAAAAUAUCAACAGUCACUUAUUUCCAUCAUUAUUUAUUCAGAUGCUUUUCAAAGUGCUUGAAGACAUCUAAAAAACAAUUCCGUGCUUCCUGGGUGAGAUACUAUUUAUUUUUCUUUACAAUCCAAGCAUGACUUGGUAGUUUUAAUAUUACCUACCAUAUCAGAACCACUCAGAGCACAAACAUAUGAUAUCCUUGCCCUGUAGGUGCGAGGGAAAUUACUAGCAAUGAGCUAAAGUCUGCUCGUGUUAUUGGUUAAACCACCCAAUAAUUGACUUAUUUCUCACUAGUAUUCCCCUGUCGAGUAUUUUGGCUCCUGGUCUUCGAAAUACAUCCUACGGCCUUACCUUAGCAUUGUAUCAACCUAAAAGCGGGCGUCAGUGACAAAGACAAACCAAACGAAACUUAUGAAUUCUAUUUAUGACAAGCAAAAACAUCUCACAUGCUUAAAAUUUCGUUGCUUUAAAAAUUCCAGCAUUAGCAAGGGAAAAAUCAGAGUUUUAGUAGUUCAGUGUGAACAAAAUUUUCACUACUUUCAUCUGGAUUUUUGUCCUAUUUUGUAACGUAAUACUAUGGCACAGUUUACGUGUUCCAUUGCCCUAAUGAUUAUGGUAAAAUGGGGUAAUAGGAGAUGAUGAAUGCAGAUAUUGACAGAAAUCAGCGUGGUACCCAGUGUAAAACUUGCAAUUUAGUAAGUUAAAACGUUUUCCGAUCUGUUUUUAUUUCUUUUGCAGUACAUGUUCUUCUUUCAAUUGCCUUACCUUCCAGAGUACUUCCUAGAGAUGGACGACUUUAAAGUUUACGAUGAGGUUUUUAAGGUAAUGAUAAAUACAUUUAACUAGGAUUGUUAAAACUUUAAUAGUGGAGAUAAUCAAUAGUGACCAACACUUACUUGCUUUUUUUUGGUUAUCGUCCUUGCUGUGAGGGUUUUUUUCUGGCCUCUCGCGGUUUUCUUCUCUGCAUAAAGACCAACGUGCGAAAUUCCUCCUGGAAAACAGUGGAUGAAGAGCCAAUCAAUAAAAUAUAGAAGUGGAUAAGAGAUAGAAAAGUAUUUUUUACAACUUUAUUUUGGAUGCCUAUCGAACUUACGAUUGGUUCAUUUGUACCACGUGGCACAAGAUACUCUUCAUUGAUUGGCUAUCCUUUAGUACCCCCGUAUAGUACUAUCAAAAAUUCUCAAUUAAGGAAUUUCCCAUAAUGGAUAUAAAACACGCGUCACCAAACCCAAAAUCCAAGUUUAUCAAACUAAUUCUUAUCCCUGGGUGUUUCUUUAUGUGAAGUUUCGCAAACCACAACCGUCAUCUAUUUUUUUAGUCUACGGUGCCCAAGGCAACGUAGACUACAUGUUGUCGUGCCCUUAGGUCCGUCCGUGAACAUUCCCAUCAUUCGUAACGGCCUUACACAUGCAAACGUUGUUACAGUAACGCGUACGGGGAAGUGGCUGAAACAAAUUUUCGAGUUGUUGCUAUGUUCCGAAAUUCACUUCAUCCAUCACUCAAUCACUCCUUUCCACUUCAUCUUUCCAAUCCUGUCAGCCUUUUUGGUAAGUCCGUUAGCUUAUAGGGCUUUCGUAUGUUCAGUUCGAAUUCCUGCGUGGGGCUGAGCUGAUCGCUAGAAAUUGGUCAAAAUUUGAACAGUCUGCCGAGAGAUAGUGUGUAUUUAACCUAAAGCUAAGAUUUGAGACUAAAAUAUUCUACUGAUGGAUGAAAACUCGAUUGAAAUUAAGGUAAUUAAGGCAUAAGGUCUCAACCAAGGCUUAAACAAAUCGUGCGCAUACGUCAGAGCGCUGACGAAGAGAUAACGCUCGAAGCGUUAGCUUUAAAACUCUCUACGGUGGCCAAUUUACGUUAUCAACUCGUUGUUAAUACUAAAUUACCCUGUUUAAAUGUAAUUUGAGACUGACAAUUUUUUUCGGUAAGUGGAUCAAAUUUAUCAAGAUACAAAGUAAAUUCAGUGGCUUGGGUAUUUCAUCCCUCAUAAUUUAUUUUGAUAAUUUUUUUAUUUUUGUGGACCCACAGCCACUUUGACUUAUACAUUUGUUCACAUCGUUUGCAUGUGGGUGCUUUUCUCUCAGAAGAACCAAAUUUCAUUAGAGGAGUGGUAGUUUUGAUUUUAGUUGCAGAAUCGUUAACUUUUAUCACAAUAUUCAAUGACUUAUUUACUGAGCGCUAUGCCUAGCUCGGGCAGUUUUUUUUUCCGGCCGGUUUUAAGUAGCAGUUUUCGACGAAUUGGUAACAUGUCAUGGCUGAACCACUGGUUUCAUGAGUCACGAUACCUUCGAUUGCUUUCAGCUAUAUCACCUUAGCUCUGCAAAAUGAAUCCUUUAUGGGUGUGCCCUGUACUUAAGGGACCUUUUUCAACUAGAAGCGUCGCUUUAAGUUUGAAAAAAGUCCACUUAUAGAGAAAUGAGCCUUGUAAGAGGAUGUCUGAGCUUCGAAAGAGGAUAUUUUUGACCCAGUAUGAAAGCAAAGAGAACCUUAGAAUCGUGCACCCAUUGGGUGUCCAUUUUUUAUAUUGCUCAUCAGAAUGUCAAAAACUUCACUGAAGAAGAUGUAGAAGCUUACAAGUAUGCUUUGUGUCAGUCUGGGUGUACUGGUCCCUUGAACUACUACAGGGCUGCGUUUUCUUACCAAGAUUUACCUCCUGGGUACUGGCGCACCAAGAUCAAGGCUCCAACCCUUGUGGUUUGGGUGAGUGAUAAAAAUCCAACCUGUCAGUUAAUAAUUGCUUGCGAUCACUUGCGAAGAUUCAACUAAUAGCCUUACAUUUUUAACAUAUUUUUGGGCGUGUUUUCUGAUCUUCAGUGGAAAAAUGUCUUUUUGCUCACAUCUUUUGCAAUAAUUUAGAAUUGUCUUCCAUUGUUUCCAAAUGCAAAACAACAGGAAAUAUACCAAUACAAUGGAUUAUAUGAUUCACAUGAGUUGCAUGUUCGUAACUAGGAGACUUAAGCGGUGAAUUUCCCAUUGAAACAUCCUGAAAAAUAACUAAGCGGAUAAACACAUAAAUUUAUGAGUAAAUGAAAAAUUAAGGUUAAGAGGACCGAACCCGUAGCCUGGACUCAUUCAAGGACGUUAAUGACAUUACGUCCUCAGCCAGUUUGUUUCACAUAUUUGCAGAAGUGUAUCUGAAGGAACGAAGACCAUAAGUGGUUCUGUUAACGUAUGGAGUAACAAGUUUCCUUGAUCCUCGUAGGUUGCGUCCAGUAUUUCUCAUUUGAAAAAGACCACGUAUGUACUUCGGCAUCGUUUCAAACGGGAUUGCCUUAAAAACUGUUUUAAUCAUGUCUUGGCACCUGAUACUAUACAGAUCACUAGAAUUAAAUUUGCUCAGUAGCUCCUGGUAGUGCAGAGACUUCUCUUCCAGAACAAUCCUGAGCGCCCUUUUGUUAACAUUCUCUAAUUUGUGUCUAUUCGAAGCCCCGCAAAAGUGCCAACUGCUGAGCAAUAUCUAAAAUAUGAGACAAUAAAGGCCUUACAAAGUUUACAUUUCACAUCUGUCAGUGCUAUUUUUCUAAAGCGAAUCACAGACUAGUUCUCAGAUGUGAUUCUUCACCACAUAACUGACACUGUGAUUUAACCGUAAUAGUAAAAUUUUUCGUUGUCCAUCGUAGAUAGCUGACAGUACCGUGGACUGAUUAAACUUUUCCAUAUUGUUAAUGUUGUGACAUCAGCUGGACAUAAAAAUGAUCGCCAUAAUUAUCUUUGCAUUACAGGGAAAAGAAGACAUGGCUCUGUUGAUGGAAACGUUGACAGGAACCGAUAAUUUUGUGGAAGACUUGACGAUCAAGUAAGUCUUUGGAUGAGGGUCUGGAUAGGGUUGUAUCUCUGAUGGUUGUUGGUUAAAAAUUAGCCGUUUUAGUGGUAGAGACUUCAUUUUUCGGCCAUUUGACGGUUGACGCCGAUUAAGUUUCCGCAUGUUGAUUUAUCAUGAAAAAUUAAGACGGAAAUAAGGUUGUCAUUCAUCGCAAAAGGAUGCGAUUCCGCGAGUACUAAAAUAAAUCAUUUAAAAAAAGAUUUAUAAGGUGUAAGAAACGUUAGUGUUAAUGCUAUGGCCGUCCAAAACAUGGCCUCAGUGCUGGCUGUUUUCUGUACGCAUACGCCAUUGAAGUUGUUGAUGAGGAAUAUCUGAGAGAUAGUAUAAUUGUCCCGGUGAUUAGUGGGUAUUGUUAAAUUAUCCCCUCGACUUCGUCUCGGGGAUUAUUCAGCAAUGUUCAUUUCGUCUUCGGCGAAUAAUUCUAAAACAUAAACUGAACGUCAUAUUGCUGUGAAAAAAAAUUGCAGGAGAGAAAACUUAGGCUAGAUGGAAAUUUUUCAUUAAUAAUGGGCUUCCAUUCAUCAGAAUAUGUUAAGUUAUACCACUUACGUAUGUAUUGAGUGGGAGUUUUAAAAUUUGUCAUAUAAACACCAGUGAAAUAAAAAAUGAGGUUUCGCGCGAAAACAUGAUAUCUUCACACGCAAAGAUGACCUGUUAUCUUCACACGUAGAAAGAUCGCAGUUGCUAUGGUUACAUAUAAUUCUUUAACAUUAUUUUAUCUCUGCGCGGCCAUGCUAUAUCCUGUAGGUAUAUUUGUACUUAACGAAAUAAAAAUGAAGAAAGAUAAAAAAUUGUUUAGUAAGAAAAACGCAGCUCAAGCUUAAGAAUUCCUCUCAAUUUUAACAGAUACGUUGACGGAGCAACUCACUGGGUCCAAGUCGAUGGAUGCGAGGACGUGAACAAACACAUUCGUGAGUUUCUCAAUGUCCAUCCACAGGAAUCUUUACAGAAACCAGAUUAGAACGAGACAAGGACUGCUCAGUGCGCCUUUCAGUUGAUUUCUCUGCUACUGAAGAAAACGAGUGUCUGCCAAAAUUUUCAAGGACAUAAAAGUCUGCUCUUGGUUUUAGAGAGGAGAGUAGAACGAGAGGAUUUGGUAAUUCCCAUUACCAUCAUCAUCAAGAUUCUCAAGAUUGACAUUAAAUUAGACAACAUUUUCCUUUUAGUUAAUGAUUGUUCUCUAGUUUUUGUUCGUUGUGUUUGAGGCUGAUAGUUUUCAAUAGUGUGAAAUGGAUUUGUCUCGUAUGUGUCAUUUUCAAUGCUCCAUAAAAUUAAAGUAAAGGAACAUGUAAUCAAAGAUUGGUGAGGAUUCUUAUUUACUCAUCAUUCAGAGAUCUGAAUUAUAUCGUCUUGUGACAAAUUUAUCCGGUGAACCCUUAUAUAUUUUACUAGUUCGUGUCGACGCAAACAGCAUGUAAAGCUAGAAAUGUGUAUAUACAUUUAAACCCUGAUGUCUUUUUGGCCUGCUACGUGCACUGUUCUCAUUGGAGGUUUGGUC